GGCCAGUCAACUUUCCGCUCCCUCCUUGACCCGACAGACUUUAUAUGUAUCUCCCAUCUUCGCCUGCCCCCCUCCACCGUCCCCUUCAAUGACUAGCACCUCCAUGGCAACUCUCAUCCCCAUCUCCUCGCUCCUCCUCCUCGUCCUCCUCUCCUCCGCCGCGCCGGCGCCGGCCUCCGCCUUCGCCACCGCCCUCGACCCCAGCCUCAUGGGCGUCCACCUCGGGAAGGAGAAGCUCAGCCACUUCCGCUUCUACUGGCACGACGUCCUGAGCGGCCCCAACCCCAGCUCCGUCCGCGUCACGACCCCGCCCUCCAACGCCUCCGCCACCGGCUUCGGCCUCGUCAACGUGAUCGACAACCCGCUGACCCUCCUCCCCGACCCGGCGUCCGAGCUCGUCGGCCGCGCCCAGGGCCUCUACUCGUCGGCCUCGCAGGAGGAGGUGGCGCUGCUGAUGAUCAUGAACUUCGCCUUCGUGUCCGGGAAGUACAACGGCAGCGGCAUCACCGUGAUGGGGCGGAACCCGGUGUUCCACAAGGUGCGGGAGAUGCCCGUGAUCUCGGGGUGCGGGGUGCUCCGGUUCGCCCGCGGGUACGCCCAGGCGAGCACCCACACGUUCGACCUCAAGACCGGCAACGCCGUCGUGGAGUACAACGUCUACGUGCUGCACUAUUGAUCAUGAUUGAUUGGUUUACUUUUGUUGCCUUUUGUAGACCUUUUUUGCUUUAUCUUUAGUGGAUGGUCCCCAGCUUUUCUCCAGUUCCAUCUUUUUUGUGGUCGAUAAUAAUGCAGGUAUAUCAUUACAUCCAGCUACGAGUGAUCUCGAGAUUAAUUUAUGCAGAAAGGCGGAAAAUUUAACA